AUUUGCUCUUGACAAGUCGAAAUUUUCUGCUUGGGAAUAAUAACAACAGAACCAGCAAAAAAAACCUCUUCAAAACAAUCAAUUUUUUGCUGCGUUGCUUUUGCGUUCGAUGCAAUUUUAGUAAAAGUCCAUCGAUGGUUAAAGUGUGGUAACUGUUUGCUUCAGUUGUUAACAAGUUUGCUGGUCAACUUACUGAUACUAUAGAACUUGGUAGGAAAUGAAAUCAUUUGCAUCUAUCCAUGUUCUCGAGCGAUAAAAUUGUUGUUCCUUCUUUUGCGAAACCUGUUCCUGCGUGGUGAAAGAAGAAGAAAAAGAAGAAGACGUGUGUUUUCGUGUAAAUAAACAUCCGGCUGCUAUGCAUUAAAACAACAAAGACGGAAAAAGUUACAAUCGCUCUGCAGAGAAAUCGCAGCAUUAAAAGCGUAGAAAUGUGAAUGAAGGAAAGAGUGUAGUACUCCGAUAGAAACUAACAUGAACCGGAUGGGACAACGUUCAUAAAAUCUGCCAUAACAUGUCGGCACAAAACAACAGAGGAUUGUAUCGUAGGAAACAUACCGAUGAACGCAGCAGAUCGUUUGACCAAUCCGCGAUAAGUGAUGAUGAUGAUGAAGAAUCGGACACACUGACGGAGCUAUCACGAGAGUCGCUUACAAGUAGUCAAGGACGUAGCAGCAUCGGUUCUAUACCAUGGGCAGAGGAUGCAAUUAAGCAGAAUCAAAACGAAUGGGAAAGGAUCGAUCGGAUGUUCUAUGGGGAGGAAGAUCUCCCUUCAGACGCGAAACUCCGAGAAGAAAUAUUGGAAUGGACAUCCGUAUUUCCUUUCCUUCGUGUUACGGGCAAGCCGAUUACCAUCCUAGAGUCUGUCCAUGCGAAAGGUAAUGAUCCGUUUCAUGAAGAAAUAUUUAUGGUGGAUCCUCCCCUACCUGGACGGACGCGUUCCUCUCGCUCUGGCCGAGAUGGGCCGAACAAGUACCCGGUUAAAGAUGUGGAAUGUGUACUUACUUCCUGCGAGCUGGACAAAUGCUUGUGCAUUAGCUCAGGGCAGUUAUACCGUCAAAGCAAUCAAGCUUCAGCGCAAACGAAAGCCGGACGACGGUCCGGAACAGAUCUCGGCCCGGUGUCGGAAGUCAUAGAUAGGAUAGAUAAACCAUACAUCAAAGUAAAACCUCUCAACAGUCUGAUGGUACCACAGGUGCCAGUCGUCUCGGUAGGUUCGUUCGGGUUAUUAAUAUCGAACCACUAUGUCGGCACAGGUAGCUAUCAUGCUCUGCCUAGCGUGAGUAGAAAUUGCAGUGCACAAUCAGUCACACAUAAUAAUAUUGAGGGAAGCAACAAUGCUGGCCGUAGCAGAAACGUGAAUCUACAACGCAAACUCGCACCGUUGCCCCAUCGGCCAUCACAACAGCAGCAGCACCAAAACAAAUCUUCUAAAGCGAUCGAAACAACUAUACUGUCGGCGUCGGCAUCGGCAACACAUAAUCGCAUCCCACCGUUAACGAAGAACUAUAAGUUCCUGGUGCAAAACAGCUACGUGGCACCGACGUUGUUGGCGGAAAUUGAGCAAAGGCAUCACAACAAACUGAAUGUGGUGAAAUCGGCAACAACGAGGUACAUGACAUCAUCGCCAACUAAACACAUCUUUGCUUUGCCUGCCUUAACCGGAAUCGAUGGAUUGGUUCGACACAAUCCUGUUACGGGUGCCUCGGGAUUGCAGCCAAGUCCGGUCAAGAGCCGAGCGUUUCGAUCGGAGGUAAUCGGACGGUCGAUAUCUGCUGCUGUUACACAAAAACAAAAUCCAAUCUAGCACAAAAUCAUUCAUCAAUGGUGAAAUCGUCAAAACAGUAAAUUACGCACCUUUUUUAUUUUAAUUUAUCACGCUUUUAACGGAUGGUUGACCGGAGUAAUAUUGUGCAGAAUUUGGUUUUUUCUUUUGAACUCUUGCUUUUAUUAAUGAUAGAAUCGAACUAUGAUCUCGUACUAUUAAACCAAUAUGUUUAAGGUUUUUUUUGUAAAUUUUAUAUCAUAAUAUGUGUUAUAAUCACAAGAAAAGAUGUUUGUAGAACUGAAUUAAGCAUGGUUAACAAGCAAAUAAAUAUUAUUUUCGAGAGAAA